ACAUAAUUUUCGACUACCAUGGUCCCAACAACCCUCGUCAGUGAGCACACCUCGUCAGGCCUCAUCUUGCUUUUUCUUACUUCAAAUUAGACGAAACAUCAACCGCAUUUUAGUGGCAACACGCAAGGCACUCGUUAGAUUUUUUCUUUUUAAUCUCACCAGUUCCUAUUGUCAAAAUUGUAAGAGGAAUUUGGUGGGGACAAAUAGUAUUGCCAGAUCAAAAUAGUUCUGUCAAUCCGAGAUGAGAUUAUUCUUCUGUUUAGUACUCAUCAGUUUUGCUUAGUUUCAAGCCCUCGGAGAAAAUGAAGACAAGAAUGGUAAUGAAUGAGUUAAAAGGAAUUCUGCAUUUCAUAUGCUCGGUUCAGUUCUGGAGAAUGGCAGUGCUUUGGACAUUAUCUGUUCUGACUUCAUACUGGCAACUUUUUGUCCAAAGGCUCUUCUCUCAGAAAGCUUGUUGUUUUACUCGUCAACUUCCUCCAACCACAGGGCGUACAAGACCUGUUUGCGUCAUUACUGGUGCUACAUCUGGUUUGGGUGCAGCUGCAGCCUAUGCUCUUUCAAAAGAAGGGUUCAGUGUUGUUCUUGCUGGACGGUCAUCCCAAUUAUUAUCAAAGACUAUGAUAGGAAUAAUGAGUAGGAAUAAAGAUGCACAUGUUAAAGCUUUUCAGGUCGAUCUGUCAUCUUUCCAGUCAAUAUUAAAGUUUAGAGAUUCUCUUCAGCAGUGGCUUUUAGAUUCUAAUAUGCAUGUUUCUAUCCAACUCUUGAUAAACAAUGCUGGGAUAUUGGCGACGUCACCUCGACUUUCAUCUGAAGGCUAUGAUCAGAUGAUGAGUACAAACUAUGUUGGUGCAUUCUUUCUUUCUAAACUUCUGUUACCACUUCUCAGAAACAGUCCUGUUCCAUCCCGGAUUGUAAAUGUUACUUCUUUCACACAUCGAAAUGUGUUUGGUGCACAGAUUGACAAUGAGACUGUCACUGGGAAGUACUUCUUGAGAUGUAAAGAUUAUCCAUUUGCGCAUGUCUAUGAGUUUUCCAAAUUAGUAUGCCUACUUCUUUUCUCUUAUGAGCUUCGCAGACAACUUGGCUUGAUGGAUAACUUUCGUCAUGUCUCUGUGAAUGCUGCGGAUCCUGGAGUUGUGAAAACCAACAUCAUGCGAGAAGUUCCUUCAUCUAUUUCACACGUGGCAUUUAUUGUAUUGAAGCUUUUUGGCCUUCUGCAGUUGCCUGAAAAUGGUAUCGAUUCUAUUCUUGAUGCAGCCCUUGCCCCACCUGAAACUUCUGGAGUUUACUUUUUUGGUGGAAAGGGUAGGACUUUAAACUCAUCUGCACAAUCCAACAACUCCAGACUUGCAGAGGAACUUUGGACAAUUUCAUGCCAUCUCUAUGAAGAGAACAAACUUGCUUGCAAGGAUUUCUCCAACUAAGCAUAAGUAGUUAAGGAAAAACCUGGUUACAAGAAAGAGGUCACAACUAUUAUCCACAGCUGGUGUGAAACAGGCCUAAGAAGAACUAUUGUGACGGUGGCCGGACGAAAUCUUUCUGAUGUUCUGAAUCACCUGGGCAUAAGAGCAAAACUUUACCCGCGGAGCUACAUGGUUUCAUGAGUUUAUUUGCAUGAUUUUGCGGAUGGAUUACAAGUGAAUUCAAUGUAGUGAUUGAAAAUGUUUCUAUGGGUUCUUUUCUACUUUAUUUUUCAUACUUAGGUCUUUAUGCAUUUUUAUGGCUUAGUUUAGGCCUUUAAACUUAUAAUGGAGUGUGGCAAUUUCUUGAGAA